AAGUUUCCUACAAUGAGAUUUAGUUUCCUGCUAGCAUUUUUGCUUAUCGUUUUGAUGGUUGCAUCAAUCGAUGGAGCAGGCUACAGAAGGAGAAGAAGAUACUCAAGACGUCCUAGAUACAGAACAACAACGAGAAACCCCUAUGGAGCAACUAGGCCAACUAGACCUCCAUAUUCGAUAGGGAGCUCGAUGUCGUCUUCUGAGGAUGAAUCUAGUUCUGUAGUCACUAGCUUUUCGAGCGAUGAAUCAGAAGGAUCAAGCAGCGGCGUAUCGAGUGGUCCAUCCUCAAGCGACGAAUCAUCGUCAGGUGAAGAAUCAGACUCAAGUGACGCGUCAAGUCAUGGAUCAUCUUCAUUAAGUGAAGGUUCGUCAUCUGCUGAAGAAUCAGAUUCAAGCGAAGGAUCAGAUUCAGAUGUGGAAUCAUCUUCAGACGUUGUGUCAUCAGCAAGCGAAGAAUCGUCUUCUAGUGAAGAAUCCGAUUCAAGUGAUGGAUCAUCUUCAGACGUUGUGUCAUCAGCAAGCGAAGAAUCGUCUUUAAGUGAAGAAUCAGAUUCAAGUGAUGCGUCAAGUGAUGGAUCAUCUUCAUUAAGUGAAGGUUCGUCCUCAGCCGAAGAGUCAGAUUCCAGCGAAGGUUCAGAUUCAAGUGAUGGAUCAUCUUCAGACGUUGUGUCAUCAGCAAGCGAAGAAUCGUCUUUAAGUGAAGAAUCAGAUUCAAGUGAUGCGUCAAGUGAUGGAUCAUCUUCAGUAAGUGAAGGUUCGUCCUCAGCCGAAGAAUCAGAUUCCAGCGAAGGUUCAGAUUCAAGUGAUGAAUCAUCUUCAGACGUUGUGUCGUCUUCAAGUGAAGAAUCAGAUUCAAGCGAAGGUUCUGAUUCAAAUGUGGAAUCAUCUUCAGACGUUGUGUCAUCAGCAAGCGAAGAAUCGGAUUCCAGCGAAGGUUCUGAUUCAAAUGUGGAAUCAUCAUCAGGUGUAGAAUCAUCAAGUCAAGAUUCCGACUCAAGUGGCAUGUCAAGUGAUGGAUCAUCUUCAGUUAGUGAAGGUUCAUCAUCUAGCGAAGAAUCAUCAUCGAGUGGUGAAGAAUCAGAUUCAAGCCAAGGUUCUGAUUCCAAUGUGGAAUCGUCUUCAGACGUUGUGUCAUCAGCAAGUGACGAAUCGGAUUCCAGCAGAGGUUCUGAUUCCAAUGUGGAAUCGUCUUCAGACGUUGUGUCAUCAGCUAGCGAGGAAUCGGAUUCCAGCGAAGGUUCUGAUUCAAAUAUGGAAUCAUCAUCAGGUGUAGAAUCAUCAAGUCAAGAUUCCGACUCAAGUGGCAUGUCAAGUGAUGGAUCAUCUUCAGUUAGUGAAGGUUCAUCAUCUAGCGAAGAAUCAUCAUCGAGUGGUGAAGAAUCAGAUUCAAGCCAAGGUUCUGAUUCAAACGUGGAAUCAUCUUCAGACGUUGUGUCAUCAGCAAGCGAAGGUUCUGAUUCAAAUGUGGAAUCAUCUUCAGACGUUGUGUCAUCAGCAAGCGAAGAAUCGUCUUCUAGUGAAGAAUCCGAUUCAAGUGAUGGAUCAUCUUCAGACGUUGUGUCAUCAGCAAGCGAAGAAUCGUCUUUAAGUGAAGAAUCAGAUUCAAGUGAUGCGUCAAGUGAUGGAUCAUCUUCAUUAAGUGAAGGUUCGUCCUCAGCCGAAGAGUCAGAUUCCAGCGAAGGUUCAGAUUCAAGUGAUGGAUCAUCUUCAGACGUUGUGUCAUCAGCAAGCGAAGAAUCGUCUUUAAGUGAAGAAUCAGAUUCAAGUGAUGCGUCAAGCGAUGGAUCAUCUUCAGUAAGUGAAGGUUCGUCAUCUGGCGAAGAAUCAGAUUCAAGCGAAGGUUCAGAUUCAGAUGUGGAAUCAUCUUCAGACGUUGUGUCAUCAGCAAGCGAAGAAUCGUCUUCAAGUGAAGAAUCAGACUCAAGUGACGCGUCAAGUGAUGGAUCAUCUUCAGUAAGUGAAGGUUCGUCCUCUGGCGAAGAAUCAGAUUCAAGCGAAAGUUCUGAUUCAGAUGUGGAAUCAUCUUCAGACGUUGUGUCAUCAGCAAGCGAAGAAUCGUCUUCAAGUGAAGAAUCAGACUCAAGUGACGCGUCAAGUGAUGGAUCAUCUUCAGUAAGUGAAGGUUCGUCAUCUGGCGAAGAAUCAGAUUCAAGCGAAGGUUCAGAUUCAGAUGUGGAAUCAUCUUCAGACGUUGUGUCAUCAGCAAGCGAAGAAUCAGACUCAAGUGGCAUGUCAAGUGACGGAUCAUCUUCAGUAAGUGAAGGUUCGUCAUCAAGCGAGGAAUCAUCUGUUGAAGAAUCUGAUUCAAGCCAAGGUUCAGAUUCAAAUGUGGAAUCAUCCUCAGGGGAAGAAUCAUCAGGUCAAGAUUCCGCCUCAAGUGGCAUGUCAAGUGAUGGAUCAUCUUCAGUCAAGAUUCCGACUCAAGUGGCAUGUCAAGUGAUGGAUCAUCUUCAUGAAGGUUCAUCAUCUGGCAAAGAAUCAUCAUCGAGUGGUGAAGAAUCAGAUUCCAGCGAAGGUUCUGAUUCAAGUGAAGGUUCAACCUCAGGUGGAGAAUCGUCGUCAGGUCAAGAAUCUUCAUCUGGAGAAGAAUCAGAUUCAAGCACUGUUGGGUCAAGCGAUUCGUCAGCAGGCGACUCUACUUCGGGAUCUGGAGUGUCUGGUGGAUCCUCAGGUUCUGAUGCAUCAUCUGAAUCAACGGCUGCAAGUGAAGAAGCUUCAUUACCAAGUGAUUCCUCUUCGGACGCAAGCAGUGAAUCAUCAGAUUUUACAGCUUCUAGCGAAUCUUCGACAAAUCCUUCAAGCGAAAUAUCUGACUCUUCAAGCGUGUCAGAUUCUUCAGACUCUAGCUUCAGUUCCACAGAAAUAUCUGCGUCGAGUGAAUUUUCAUCAGGCCCAAGUGAUUCAAGUGAAGGUUCUUCGUCGACCGAAGAAUCAUCAUCGAGUGGUGAGGAAUCAGAUUCAAGCAAAAGUUCUGAUUCCAAUGUGGAUUCAUCUUCAGACGUUGUGUCAUCAGCUAGCGAAGAAUCAGAUUCAAGCGUAAGUUCUGAUUCAAAUGUGGAAUCAUCUUCAGACGUUGUGUCAUCAGCAAGUGAAGAAUCAGAUUCAAGCGAAGGUUCUGAUUCCAAUGUGGAAUCAUCUUCAGGUGUAGAAUCAUCAGGUCAAGAUUCCGACUCAAGUGGCAUGUCAAGUGAUGGAUCAUCUUCAGUUAGUGAAGGUUCAUCAUCUAGCGAAGAAUCAUCAUCGAGUGGUGAAGAAUCAGAUUCAAGCCAAGGUUCUGAUUCCAAUGUGGAAUCAUCUUCAGACGUUGUGUCAUCAGCAAGCGAAGAAUCAGAUUCAAGCGAAGGUUCUGAUUCCAAUGUGGAAUCAUCUUCAGGUGAAGAAUCGUCUUCAGGUGAAGAAUCAUCAGGUCAAGAUUCCGACUCAAGUGGCAUGUCAAGUGAUGGAUCAUCUUCAGUUAGUGAAGGUUCAUCAUCUAGCGAAGUAUCAUCAUCAAGUGGGGAAGAAUCAGAUUCAAGCCAAGGUUCUGAUUCAAAUGUGGAAUCAUCUUCAGACGUUGUGUCAUCAGCAAGCGAAGAAUCGUCUUCUAGUGAAGAAUCCGAUUCAAGUGAUGCGUCAAGUGAUGGAUCAUCUUCAUUAAGUGAAGGUUCGUCCUCAGCCGAAGAGUCAGAUUCCAGCGAAGGUUCAGAUUCAAGUGAUGGAUCAUCUUCAGACGUUGUGUCAUCAGCAAGCGAAGAAUCGUCUUUAAGUGAAGAAUCAGAUUCAAGUGAUGCGUCAAGUGAUGGAUCAUCUUCAGUAAGUGAAGGUUCGACCUCAGCCGAAGAAUCAGAUUCCAGCGAAGGUUCAGAUUCAAGUGAUGAAUCAUCUUCAGACGUUGUGUCGUCUUCAAGUGAAGAAUCAGAUUCAAGCGAAGGUUCUGAUUCAAAUGUGGAAUCAUCUUCAGACGUUGUGUCAUCAGCAAGCGAAGAAUCGUCUUCUAGUGAAGAAUCCGAUUCAAGUGAUGGAUCAUCUUCAGACGUUGUGUCAUCAGCAAGCGAAGAAUCGUCUUCAAGUGAAGAAUCAGAUUCAAGCGAAGGUUCUGAUUCAAAUGUGGAAUCAUCUUCAGACGUUGUGUCAUCAGCAAGCGAAGAAUCGGAUUCCAGCGAGGGUUCUGAUUCAAAUGUGGAAUCAUCUUCAGACGUUGUGUCAUCAGCAAGUGAAGAAUCAGAUUCAAGCCAAGGUUCCGAUUCAAAUGUGGAAUCAUCUUCAGACGUUGUGUCAUCAGCAAGCGAAGACGAAGGUUCUGAUUCAAAUGUGGAAUCAUCUUCAGACGUUGUGUCAUCAGCAAGCGAAGAAUCGGAUUCCAGCGAGGGUUCUGAUUCAAAUGUGGAAUCAUCUUCAGACGUUGUGUCAUCAGCAAGUGAAGAAUCAGAUUCAAGCGAAGGUUCUGAUUCCAAUGUGGAAUCAUCUUCAGGUGUAGAAUCAUCAGGUCAAGAUUCCGACUCAAGUGGCAUGUCAAGUGAUGGAUCAUCUUCAGUUAGUGAAGGUUCAUCAUCUAGCGAAGAAUCAUCAUCGAGUGGUGAAGAAUCAGAUUCAAGCCAAGGUUCUGAUUCAAACGUGGAAUCAUCUUCAGACGUUGUGUCAUCAGCAAGCGAAGGUUCUGAUUCAAAUGUGGAAUCAUCUUCAGACGUUGUGUCAUCAGCAAGCGAAGAAUCGUCUUCUAGUGAAGAAUCCGAUUCAAGUGAUGGAUCAUCUUCAGACGUUGUGUCAUCAGCAAGCGAAGAAUCGUCUUUAAGUGAAGAAUCAGAUUCAAGUGAUGCGUCAAGUGAUGGAUCAUCUUCAUUAAGUGAAGGUUCGUCCUCAGCCGAAGAGUCAGAUUCCAGCGAAGGUUCAGAUUCAAGUGAUGGAUCAUCUUCAGACGUUGUGUCAUCAGCAAGCGAAGAAUCGUCUUUAAGUGAAGAAUCAGAUUCAAGUGAGGCGUCAAGUGAUGGAUCAUCUUCAUUAAGUGAAGGUUCGUCCUCAGCCGAAGAAUCAGAUUCCAGCGAAGGUUCAGAUUCAAGUGAUGACUCAUCUUCAGACGUUGUGUCAUCAGCAAGCGAAGAAUCGUCUUCUAGUGAAGAAUCCGAUUCAAGUGAUGGCUCAUCUUCAGACGUUGUGUCAUCAGCAAGCGAAGAAUCGUCUUCAAGUGAAGAAUCAGAUUCAAGCGAUCUUCAGACGUUGUGUCGUCUUCAACGAAGGAUGAUUCAAAUUGACUCAUCUUCAGACGUUGUGUCAUCAGCAAGCGAAGAAUCGUCUUCUAGUGAAGAAUCCGAUUCAAGUAAUGUUGACUCGAGUGAGUCGUCAUCUGGUGGAGCUUCUAGUACAGAUAUUGAAUCAAGCAGUUCAUCGUCAGAUCCUUAUAAUCCGUGGGAACCUUGUCCUUACGGCAGCAGGUUUUCAUGCCCUUCUGGAUACUUUGUUCAAAAAGAUAGAAGAAGAAAUCUUUGCAGAUGUAUUUCUCAGAGACCUAAACGCUAUCCAAGUAAACGACCAAGAAGACGUUAUGGUCAUUAACCGUCUUUCGCAAACAAUUCCUAACAAAGCCUACAGAGUAUGAAUCAGCGAUUGAUCAAAAGGACAUGACAAUUUUAAUAAUGCAAUUGACAAUCUUUGACAAAAAAAUAUAACAUAUGUAUAUCUCUACCUUAAUAUAUUACGUAUUUCAAAUUAUUAUUUCCUUCUUAUAUCUCAAUUUUAAAUGAGUCCACUCUUAUCUAAUCUUAUCACUAAUUUAAUUAUUUGCUUUAAAUACAAUUUGUAUUUAGGAUAGGCCUCAAUGGAUUUUUAGAAUUUUAGAAUAAACACAUGCUACUUGCCCACAUAUUUUUAUACAACCGCUUGUACAACUGACAUGGGAAAGAAAACGCUUUAAGAAUUUUAAGAAUUGUGAUGAUAAUAGUCGUUACAGAAACGAAUCUAUAUUUUUAUCGUUGACAUCGUUAAUAUCGCGGCAUAACAAAAAAAGUAAAAAAAAAGAAAGAUAUCUACAAUAAUUACACAUUUUAUAUUGAUAACAUGACUCCUGGUUACGACCGCAUGAUUAAAGGAUAUGGAAAGGAUUAAGACAAACCUAGAUUAAGAUUGAUAACAGCAAAGUUGAAAAUGUAUAAGUUAAAAAAGAUACAAAGACUGCUGUAGAUAAAAUCCUUUAUGAAAAUAAAAACAUUUUAUCUAUGUCACCCUUUAAAAAUAUCUCGUGACGAUCUCGAAUAUAAAUUUUCAAACUGUGCUGUUUUCAAGAAAUGCAUCGGCAUUCACUACAACGCGGCAUUUACAAGAAAAACAACAAAAAAAAAGGAUUUAAAAUAUUUAUGAUAUAUUUUAUUCUGAAUACCAGUAUCUUUGCUAAAAAGGCAUUAUGUAUUACUAUUUAUAAAAGCAUAGAAAAAAUGGUCAUUUGGGUGUCAAAAUGAAACAUUAAAAUUUAAAUUUUAUGAUUUUUUCAAGAAAAUUUCAAUCAUAAGAUUAUAAAAUUUUGACAUCAAAGUACAUGCUUAAUUGACCCACCAAAAAAAGCAACUGAAAAACGGAAGAGUUUUCGUAUGCACAUGCGAAUAAGAUAUUUGAUGUAUAUCGACUAUGACAUCGACAGAUAGAUAAGAUACCUAAUUAUGUACUGAAAACAAAUUUGUUUUGAAAAUAAAUAAAUAAUCUAUUUAAUAAAAAGUAAA